GGCACAAAGCAGCGCUCCGUGCAUGGCGCAUUCCAGAUGCAUCAGCUCCAGCCGCUUCUCUUCGGCCAGCUGGAUCAUCGGCCUCUGCGCCAACCGGUCCUCCUCCUCGGUCGCCCCACCUGCGUGAUCUGUGAGCCAGGUGAGGGGUUAGUGUAAACACGAGCUGUGGGUGUGGUGCAGUUUUCAAAGCAUGUAAGAGGGCUGCAUAUCUAUAUGUAUAUAUUUAAGAGAGAGGCGAGCAGGUGAGACGGCUUUUGGUUUCCAGACAGCAGCGGAGAUAAAGCAGCGGUUCCCAUCGGCUGAGCUGGCAGGAUGAACUUCAAAAACAUGAGGGAGUAUUUGGCUUGGAUAUACUACCAGUACCUGCUCAUCACUGGCAUCUACGUCCUUGAACCAUGGGAGAAGUCCAUUUUUAAUUCUUUUCUCUUCUCCGCCAUCGCAAUGGUGGUCUAUACCUCAUACGUGUUUGUGCCCAUUCACAUGCGCUUGGCUCUGGAGUUUUUCUCCGGGAUUUUUGGUGGACAACCAGAAAGCACCAUGGCACUCAUGAACUAAACAAAGGAAAAAGACCGGAAGAAGGAGUGGUUUGUAAAUCAUUUCCAUGUGACUAAACCUUUCUGUCUUCACUUUAACCACAAACUAGACAGGUCAUCAUGACUGAAAACGUGACGAUCCUGCUGGAAUGAUCUGGAAGCCUUACCUACUACUUUUGGAUCCCACGCCCUCUCGCCUUGCCCAAUGGUAUUACACAACAGUGCUUUAAUUUACUUCCCUUGUGAAAUGUUUGGUUUUUCCUUUUCCUCGCCAUAUGUCCUGUGUGAGUGCAUACCACCUUCAGGUUUUGCAUGAUAGGACCAUAGAUGACAGGUGGAUUUGCAUGCUUGUGGUUAAAACAACUCACAGCUGUUCUUUUUCCUCCUGCUGGCUUCAAGCUGCAAACUUAAUUAAGAUAUUCCAGCAGUUUUGACUUUUAGUUUGAUGAGAGCUGGACAUUGUGGAAGAGACUGAGAUUUGAAAUUGAAGCAGCAAACUUUCUACAACCUUUUUCCCCCUUUUUUAUCUUAUUGUGAUUGAAAUGGCUCUUCAUUACAGAUAACAUAUAUAAAACUCGUUUAUUGUUUGAUGGCACUUUUCAUAAAAGCCUUAAGAUAAAUUAAUCUUUUAUCGCAGUAGCCUAAUAUUAUUUUGUCUUUAUUGGCAUACAUUCAUUAAAUGAAGCAAAAAAAAAAAAAUCCAAUUAGAAGUAACAAAAAAUAUUAAUUAAUUUUAUUUACACAAUGACAGGCGCCACUUUGGUGGCCCCACUUUAUGAUUCCUAAAAAGUAAUUGUGAGUUAAUUAUUUAGCUAAUUUAAAUUUUUUUUCCUACAUUGAUUAGAAUGUCUAGGAUUUCUUGCCAUUAUCAACAUUCAGAGCAAAAAAAAGAAGCUUAAAGCAGCUGGAACUGUGACAAAUUAAGCCGUUUUGCUUUGAAACCGUAGAUAAAACAAAAUCUGUAUAGCUCACUGUUAAAAAAACUGCAACAUUUUAUUUAAACUAGAAGUUGUUAUUGCAAUAAAAGACACGUUUAUCUUAAAGGUGACAAUACAGCUUUAUAAGUUGUUGCAUAUAGGUGGAAAGCGCUGUCAUGAACUAAAUUUGGAGAGGCCCAACAACGUCCAAUCGGGACUUACAUUUUAUAGAUAUGUAAAUCUGCUGUGAUUUUUCUCCAUGUGUAAUAAAACAAACUGGCAAUUAUGUCUGACUGCUCAGUUUGAGUAAACACCUGAAGGCCUGUUACAUAAAGAGUUGUGGAGUCCCAUAACAACACUUGGCAACUGCUCUCACCAUGUCUGCUGUCUGUGUUUUGGCUCUUGUCACCCGAAGAUUGAUAAGUUUGUCUAAUUGAU